AAAGUGGAUAAAACCGUAAAAGUCAAAACCUUUGAAAAGUCUUUAGGAGAAAGCUUGUAAAAUUAGCUUACCUCUCAAUCCAUGGUUGCAUUAUAUAAACAAAUCACAGCUCUUAGAUUUCUAAUCAAUCACACCUAGUAUUUUCUAAAGUGAAGAUGUAUGUUACAAGGCGUCUCUCAGAGUACCAGAGAAACCCAUUGGAGUUGGAGCGGCCACCACCUGAUGGUCCAAACUCUGGAGUACUGGUGAUUCAAGACGAAGCGUCAAAACCUACAGCUUGCUUUGGUUUGUGCUAUCAUAACGAACCCAAAGGCUUGCCGUUCCCACAGAACGUAAAUCUGACUGUGGAUUCAAGUUCUUAUGACUCGGUCUUAUUCAUACCCGCUCUCGAUCAGCCUUUAUCUUCGAAUCGUUAUUACUCCAUAAAAAGACGUGGGAAGCAUUCAGGGAAAGCAUUAGCUAGUGCCAAAGAAGAAGACAGAGUCCCCUGUUUCUUUUGCUUCAGUUUUCUUCCUGAAGCUAAGCCACAAGAAGCAGAUCCGUAUGACAUAUAUCACCAGUUUGAGAUCCAUCAACAAAAAUCAUGCUCUAGUAGAUUCUUUGCAACCUCCAGUGCUCCUAAUGGGAAACCACCGGAGUUCCUUCAGAGAAAGUAUUGGACUGUUCAGUACUCGAAUUCCCAAGACUUUGGUUUGACAGAUGAUGCAAAGGGGAUUAACACUACGCUUCGUUCCGCGCUUCCCAGCGAUGUGAACACAAGUGUUGUGGUAGGAAAAUGGUAUGUUCCUUUCAUAUUCGUGAAAGACAGAAAAGCAAAGGAUCAGAUUAAGAGCUCAACUUAUUACAGCAUGAGUCUUAAACAAAAAUGGGAAGAGGUUUACUCAUGUGAAAACGUUAAUUCCAACGAAGAAGAACGAGAGGUCGUAGUUGAUUUUGAAGUAGAAUCAGAAGUGAUGAAGCUUGAAGGGCAAGCGAUUGAGAAAACAACAAAAAGUGUGGAUAGAAAUGGCGUUGUGUGGUAUGGGAUUGCAGACAAAAAGAUAGGUCUGAAAGCGAUGGUCAUGGAGAGGAUGAAAUGGGAGGAGGAAAGAUUCGGAUGGUCGAAAAAAAGCAAUGAGCUAAGGUCUAGUAUUAAGAUAUCUGAGAGAUUUGAAGGCGGAUCAUCACAGUGGAAGAGUUAUAAAUGUUAUGUAUUGGUAGAGAGCUUUGAAUUGAAGAGAACUGAUGGGAGUUUGGUGUUGAUGUAUGAGUUUACACAUGCUGAUAAGUUGAAGAGCAAGUGGGCUUGAGACAUGCUGAUUAUAACUUAUGGUCUGGUGUGGAGUUGUCAUUUAGAGAAAGUUCUGUGCAAGUUCAUGUGUAAUAAUUUGGAGCUAUCAUACAUAAUACAUUCAUGCAAGUCUUCUUUAAUAAAUUUAUUAAUUGUUUGA